UCACCUUGAAAAGACGAAUUGUGUUUUUUGAUAAGAAAUUGGGGAAAAAUACCGAUAAAACGAGUGAAAUGUAUUUGAAUUGAGUAUAAAUGAUGCAGAAUUAAUUAAUUUGAAUCAAUUGUUUUAUAAUCAACAUGUUUUCUAUAAUUAAGACCGCCUGUAACACUUUGUACAGUGUUUCUACUCGACCUCAACUCACCAUUACUCCACUUUCUUCUGUGUUAUCAAGAUCAUACGCCGAACCAGGAGGAGGAGGAAAAAGAGGAAAACCCAGUGCCGGAGGUAAAAUCAAGGAGUUUCCAAUUGAAACAGAUCCUCACAAACUUGUCAACUACUGCUGUGGCAGUAAUAUCUAUAAAGAAGGCGAAGAUAUUCAAUUAAAACCAGAAAGUGAAUAUCCAGAUUGGUUAUGGAAUAUUCGGACAGGUCCGGCUCCUAAGUUAGAAGAUUUGGAUCCUAAUUCCAAAGAAUACUGGUUGAAGGUUCGUGUUCUUGCUAGAAGAAGGAUGAACAGAAUGAAUAGGUUAAAGUAUAGAAUUCUUAAACAGUUUUAGUCUGUCAGAACGCUUGAUUAUUUUAUUAUGGAAUAAAUGUUUUUAUUUAUGGUUAA